AUGUUGAGCUCCGCGAUACGUGCGCUGAGCCGUGUCCCAGUUCGUCAGCUGAGCACUUCUCGUGCUCUCCUCUCGCUCCGCCCACUCGGACCCAAGAAUGCGGUCCCGGCGUUCAAGGGAACCGCCGUCGUCGACGGAGAUUUCAAGGUAACCCAGAGAAACGGACGUUUCGCAACCGAAACAGCUUAAUUUUAGGUGAUCUCGGAGGCUGACUACAAGGGCAAAUGGCUCAUCAUGUUCUUCUACCCGCUCGACUUCACGUUCGUCUGCCCAACCGAGAUCAUCGCGUACGGCGACCGCGCGAAGGAGUUCCGUGCUCUCGGAGCCGAGGUGAUCGCGUGCUCGUGCGACUCGCACUUCUCGCACCUCGCCUGGGUGAACACGCCGCGCAAGGACGGCGGUCUCGGCGAUAUGGACAUCCCGCUGCUCGCCGACUUCAACAAGAAGAUCGCCGAGUCGUUCGGCGUGCUCGACAAGGACUCGGGGCUCUCCUACCGCGGACUCUUCCUCAUCGACCCGUCCGGCACCGUGCGCCACACGACGUGCAACGAUCUGCCCGUCGGACGAUCGGUCGACGAGACGCUGCGAGUGCUGAAGGCGUUCCAGUUCUCGGACAAGCACGGAGAAGUGUGCCCGGCCGAUUGGCAUGAGGACUCGCCGACGAUCAAGCCGGGAGUCUCGUCGAGCAAAGAAUACUUUAACAAAGUGAACAAAUAAAAGGCUCCUCGCCCGCAGUUUUUAAAGAACGAACGUCCAACAACAUCCUAGUAGUGUUAUUGUUUUUGUAAAAUAUAAAAUAAAUGAUAGAUUAAUUGUAAGAUUCAACAUUCAACAGUUUUCAUCGUCCAAAUGUAUCUUUCAGAGCCCAUUUACCCCCUCCUAUUUCACAGAUUUUAGCGAUGAACAGAAGUAAAAAGUUGGCGGCGUACGGAGAGCAAUUCGAAGACGAUGAGGACGGGACGACGGUGUCGAAGAAGCCGACGGCGAUCCACGAGGAAAUUGCGACGGACGAGCACGGAAAACGACGGUUUCACGGAGCAUUCACCGGCGGAUUCUCGGCCGGCUACUGGAAUACCGUCGGAUCGAAACACGGUACGGUUUGUGCUUCAAAUCGAUUAAAAACACUUUUUUCUCACAUUUUCGGGAGACUAUGUUUUCACUCUUACUGCAAUCUGUAAUUUUCCACAAAAAUAACGCAUUUUGCCUUGCAGGAUGGGUUCCACAAGUGUUUUCGUCGUCCCGAGACGCGCGCGGCGACCAAAUCAAGCAGAGGGCCGAAGAUUUCAUGGAUGCCGAGGAUCUCGGCGAGUUCGGAAUCGGAAAGCGAUCGAUCAAGCAGACGGCGGCGUUCGGAGAUCAUGAACGGGCCGGCGGGAAACGGAAAAUGGCGUGGGAGCGCGAUUCGAGCAGUGUUUCGGCCAUGGCACAGCUCUUCGCGGAGGUCGUCAAACCUGUGAGGUAG